UAAAAAGACGACGUUUUUACGCAAGAGAGUUCGAUCUGUUGUCGUUGUUACAUUAAUAUAUUUAAAUACGUAAUGUCGACGAAGUCCUCCGUCGAUUUGCGAGCAGAACUCGCUGAAUUAGUGAAACGAAAAGCAGAAAUAGCUGAUACUCUUGCCAAUUUAGAACGUCAAAUCUAUGCAUUUGAAGGUAGUUAUUUGGAAGACACACAACUAUAUGGUAAUAUAAUACGUGGUUGGGACAGAUAUUUAGCCAGCAAUAAAAACACUAAUAGUAAAGCAGACAAACGGAAUAGAAAAUUCAAAGAAGCUGAAAGGCUAUUCUCAAAAUCUUCAAUCACCUCUAUGGCUGCUGUCAGUGGACUCGUUGAGAAUACCCAGGAAAAAAUUGACCGGUACAGCGAAUCGGAGUCGCAGAUCGGCAACAGCGGUAGCGAGGACAAUUGCAGCCUCGUUAAUUCUCAGGGAACAACCGCCAAUAGUGGUAGCAGCAACGGUAAUAAGGAGUCGUCUGGGAAAAACCACUCUGUAACUGGCCAGUAUAGCCAAAACGGAUCUCUUGCUUCUUCCGCCGAGAUUUCUGGACAGUUCGCAAAUGGGCAUGCGAGCAAUGGCAACCUGGACCAUGUUUCCUUGAAGGAGAACACUGGGAAAGAACCUUCGAAAAAUAAAUCUGGGAACAGCGCGAAAAAGAACAGCAAUAAGAGAUCUAGAAAUAGGUAGAACAACCUUACUGUGAUGUCCUCUACGAAUGGUUCAGUACCUAU